CCCGCCUACGGUCCUAAGACAUUCUCUGGUAAAGCGAAAGUUUUUUAGGUUAAAGUUGCAAAGGGAGCGAACGUUUGCUCCGGUCAGAACCUUAUAUAACUUAAACCUCCGACAAUCAGGGAAAAUGUCUGAGAAGAUUGUAUUGUAUUAUUUUGAUGGAAGAGGAAAAAUGGAGUCGAUCAGAUGGCUUCUAGCAGCUGCAGGAGUUCAGUUCGAAGAGGUACUACUGACAAAAAGGGAGCAGUAUGUGAAACUUCUGAAUGAUCAAGCUCUGAUGUUUGAGCAGGUGCCCCUAGUUGAAAUGGAUGGCUUGCAGCUUGUUCAGAGUAAAGCCAUCAUGAAUUACAUUGCGGAAAAAUACAAACUCAGUGGGAAAGAUCUCAAAGAGCGUGCCAUGAUUGACAUGUACACUGAAGGCCUGAAUGAUCUGAUGGAGAUGAGAAUGAUAUUGCCAUUCAAAAAGCCAGAUGAAAAACAGGCCCACAUAGGUGUUAUACAGGGCAAAGCCACCAGCCGUUACUUCCCUGUAUAUGAAAAGGCUCUGAACAAUUCACAGUACCUUGUGGGGAACCAGUUUAGUCGUGCUGAUGUUCAUUUAAUGGAAGCCACUCUGAUGUUGGAGGAGCUAUUUCCUACUAUUCUUUCAACUUUUCCUAAUUUGAAGGCAUUUCAGGGGAAGAUGAGAAGCCUGCCAACAAUCAGCAAAUUCCUCCAGCCUGGAAGUCAGAGGAAGCCCCAACCAGAUGAUGUUUAUGUCAAAACUGUUAUGGAGGUCCUCAACAUUCAGAUACCUUGAGAGGGAACUAACAGUACUUUGACUGAGACAAAAUCAAUAUAAUAUAGGGGUAAAAAUAAAUGAUUCCUACUGAAUGAUCAAAUUGAGCCAAUUGUAGCAAAACUCAACUCGACAUAAAAAAAAUCUAUCGAAGUAAUAUAUUCAUGUUAAAGCUUAUUCAUCAAGAUAAUAAUGAUUCCAGGUCAGAGGAAGGUGGUAACUUGUUGUACAAUGUUACACAGCUCCUUGGCCUAGUUAAUGUGGCAGAGGUUAAGAACACUUUGGACUUUGUACCCUGGUGCAUCCUGGGAAAAAAAGGCUGGAGUUCUGCCUAAGCUGUCCCUGGUUUGAUUUUCUAUUACAUUCCCAUUUGCUGAAAUAAAGCGCUUAUUGAAAAAUAA